CACACACACACACACACACACACACACACACACAGACGCACCGAGGCUGUAUUUCCACAUUCCGCUCGGAGGAAGACACACCCUCAGAUCCGGAGGAGGAGAGGUUCAGUCGAGGUUGCAGUUGCAGGGAUGCAGAGAGGGAGGAGGAGACGCUGUCCUAUCUGUGAUGUUUGAAUCAAAAGUUUCAGAUCUCAUGUGAGCUUCUGUCAAAGAGCAACAGAUGAGCAGCAGACAUGGAAAUCACAGCCAAACACUGGACUCCUGAUCCCCAAUGACCAGUGUCACCAUGCCAACUCCGACGAUCCUCACAGCAACCAGGAGCCCUCUGAGAAGUUGCUAGGUUUACACGCUCGUUUACAUCUCUGCGAGGCUACAUAAACUGGAUCCCCUCCAGCACUGAGAGAGACAGAGAGAGAGAGACCAGGAAGGCAGAGAUGGUUUAUCAGUGGAGCGUCCUGCUGCUUUUCACACUGCUGGUGAAAACGGGACUCGUGGGUGGAUGUGUGUGUCCAGCAGCUACCGUUUUGUCCCAGUUUCCUUCUGAGGUGUCUGCUGGCGUCUGUUGCCUGAACUACUCUGGUUCCACUUUCAGCCAUGUGCGCUGGUCUGUGUUUACCAAUGAAACAAACAUACAGAUACUGGAUCUAUCCAACUGUAAUAUCACUUCUGUUAAUGGGUGGGGCAAAAUGGCUUUGACACUGCAGAAGGUUUAUUUAAAUCAUAACAGACUAACAGUGUUGCCAAGGGAGUUUCUGGCGGGCCAGCCCAGCCUGAUGGAGGUGGAUCUGACUGGAAACCUGCUUCAGGAGCUUCCUGAGGGCUUCCUUGAGGACUCUGACAGCCUCCAAAGGCUUUAUCUGCAGGAAAACCAGCUCCGCUUCCUCCCCGGCUCUGUGCUGCAGAAGCCCAACCUGAAAAGGCUUGAGCUGGAUGGAAACCCCUGGGAAUGCUCCUGUUUGUUCCUGGAGGGCCUGGAAGAGGGCAGGAAGGCUAAUAGGACCACCAAGCUGCAGGAUCUGGUGGGAAACCUAACCUGUGUUUCUCCCAGGAACGUGGCAGGCAGGCUCGUGUGGUCGGUGAGCCUUAGCAACGCGUGCCGCCCAGCUGGCCUUACCGCGCUCUUCAUCGUGCUCCCCCUCCUCAUCCUCUCUGCCUUGGUGCUCUGUUGGUGCUGCGGGAGGAAGAGGAAGAAGAAGGAAGCCCCUGUCUUCAGCGCCUCAAAGAAAAGAGCCUCCAGCUGUAACGGGCAGAAGCAUCGCAGCAAGCAACCUGCGGCAGGUGAGCAGCAUAAAGCGGGAGGCUGUAAUGAAGGGAUCCUGAAGAACCAGCUGCUGCUUCGCCCGUCAUCUGCCCUCCUGGGCAGCACUAGAGACAUCUAUGAGGAAGUGGAGAUCAAGUUGGGCUCAGUGGAGUCUCUUCCCCAAGCCGCCUCCUGCUGUUCCAGCGCCACAGGUGGGCGGCAGGGCUCCCAGGAGCCCGACAGGGCCAGCAAGACAGAGCUGGACACAGUCAGUGUGACAGAAGUGCUGAAAGACUCAGCUGAUAGGGAGAAAGCUUACAUGACCCAGUCCACUGAGUACUACAGCCUGGUGCCGGGGAUCGAACUGGAGGACUCAGAUCACGGCGAGUAUGAGAAUGUCGACCUCUCGUGACAACGUCUCAAAAGACAAGUUUGACAUUUAAAAGUGUAUUUGGGAAAUACACUAAUUUACUUUCUUGCUGAGAGUCACAUGAAAAGAUUUUUACAACUCUUGUGUGUGUGUGUGUGUGUGUGUGUGUGUGUGUGUCCCUGAAAACCUUCUUGUCACUGGGAUGGGUUUUACAUGAACAUUUUUUGCUGAUCUUGGUCAUUUCAAAUGAGAGAUUUUUUGUAUUUUGGGUUUUUGGGUAAGACUCAGAUGGAAAAAGGAGGUUGUCUCAUACUUCUAUGCACCAAUCACAAUGUAGCAACAUCCAAAUAAUGAUAAUAAAAUAGCAAUAAAUUUAAUAUGUACUACACUUUUUAUUUCUAGUAAAGUGCUACAGGAUUAAAAACAUACAACUUAAAGAUAAUAAUUACAGUUAAGAUGAAAAAAGCCUUAAUGACAAUUAAUCUGAUCACACCACACCUAGACAGUCAAUGGUUUUACAGGGAAUAAGGUGCUGUAAUUAUUUAUUUCUAUUGUUGGUCAGGAAACACAAUAUAACUCCUUUUUCCAUUUCUGUUUGUGUAUAAAUUAAAGAAAAAAGACACAACAUUUUAAAUUGAGUUUAUAUGUGAGUGUUAGAAGGCAGAUUUUUUAACUAGGAGCAGCCAGGCUAACUUUUCCCUCUGCUUCAAGUCAUUAUGCUAAGCUAAGCUAAUCAUCUCCAUUAAACACACAGACAUAACAAAUAAGCACAUUUCCCAAAAUGUCAAGUUAUUCUUUUUAAAGCAAUUAAAAGAGACAGUGUGUGUGUGUGUGUGUGUGUGUGUGUGUGUGUGUGUGUGUGUGUGUGUGUGUGUGUGUGUGUGUGUGUGUGUGUGUGUCGGUGUGUGUGUGUGUCGGUGUGUGUGUGUGUGUUGUCUAUUGACACAGACACAGUGUGGUCCAACCACUGUGGUAUCACAAUGUAAGAGGAAGUGAUUUAAUCCCGAGCUUUUCCUGUGGGACCUGAGGAACGCAGUGACGGUUUGAAAGGGAGGCCCACUUUUCUUUUUUUUUUCCUCUUUGAAAAAAAAUCUACCAAUUUUAAAGACACAAUGACACAAAUACAUUUAUUUAAUGCUGCACUCCAUGCAAAUGUACACUUAAUACUGUUUUCAAGUCUACUACAAAGAGCAAUACACAUUUUUGGAGUUACUGUAUAUUCUUCUUGCUUAUUGAGACCCUCCAGGAGUUUUUUUGUGAUAAUUGCACCUGAAAAUGCCUGACUUUGAAGCAGCUUUUGUCAAAAAUUGCAAUAUGUAUGUGCUCUUUUUAUUGUAAAAUUGCAGGAAUUGGGAAAACAAAGGAAAAUAAUGCCACAAUUGGUCCAAAUCACAAGCAGUUUUUUGAUUUGGAAAAGAAAAGGA